AUGGAAUACAAAAUUUCUACAAAUUUAAAUAUUGAUGCUUAUUUCUCUAAUCAACCAAUAUCAAAAUGGCACCGUUUUGAUGCUUAUAUAAUUGACAUGUUAAAGUCUAAUCCGAUUAUUACACCACAACAAUUGCAUACAUCCUUUUGUAAAUCACUGAGUGUUAUAGAGAAUAACCAGAAUGGCGGUUGUCCAAAAUAUGUGUUAAAUUAUGCAACAAAGCUAAGGAAAGCCGUCAAAAAACAGAGGAAAACUUAUUUCAUUGACUUGGCUGAGAAGCUUGUUGAGCGCACUCAACGAGAAAAUUUAAUGCAGGAAAAUAAAAUUGAUAUUCAGCAAAAGCAGAUCAUACUUACAGUUAGUAGUAAGGAUUCAGAUGCAUUUAUGAUUAACUUAGAAUCAAAUGACAAUUAUGAAAUUGAAAAUAUGAUGGACUUCAAGCAUGUUUUUACAUGGGAUCAUGUAAUACCAAAAAUGCAAAUUCAAGAAAAUUCUUUGAAGGAUUUUCGACAAUUCCAGAUGUCAACCAUUGAAAACUUGAAAAUUGAUCCAGUUUUGAGCUAUACAACUGAUGUUGAAUCAAUACUUGCCUUAUCAAGUAUUAUGAUGUUAAGAAAAAAUCGAAAGUCAAUUUACAUUUCAUGUACUGAUGAGAAGUGGCAGGCUGCAUUUCCACGUAUUGUAUAUAAAUUUAGAAUGCCACCACUUGUUCAGAGUGUUAUUUGUUCAUAUACACAGCAUUUAAUGAAUAAUGAAAUAAUGGAAUUAGAAGAUUUGUGGAGACAAAAUUGGAGCAAGAUAUCCAUAUUAGAGAAUCAACAAGACAAAAAAAUAUUUGAUUCAAUGCAACUCAUUGCACGUAAUUUCUUUUACAACUUACCACAUGGCAAGAGCAAGAAUUUGUCAGAUGAAGAUACUUACAUCCACAAAACUUGUCAUAUGAUUUUAGAGGAAAUUUUCCGUAUUGAAACCAUGCAACUUGUAUGUGAAAGCAUUUCAUCCAAGACUCAAUGUGCAAAAGAGGGUGUUAUACAUGGGAAAAAACCAGAUUUUCGUCUACUCUGUAAACAUGGCAAUGAAAUUUUGUUUGGUGAAGCUAAACCACCAAGAACAGCAAAUUGUAAAGCCAUUACAAACCAAGCACUUAUCAAAUUGGCAACCUUCAUGAAAGAUUCACUGGAUAUAGGGGCCCAUGAUGAAACAUAUGGUAUAAUUGUGAAUGCUGCUGAAUUCCUUGUAAUCCUCAAUGUAAUGGAAAGAUGUUAUGAAUUGAAGGAGAUGAUUCUUGAAACUGAACAACGGCGUAGAAAGAAAAACAUCUUGUUGAAUACGAAUUAUCAACGUGAUACUAACUCUAGCCCAGCAAAAACAAAG